UGCAUACCGCCAUGUUUCUCCUUACUCCUUCCUCACAAUCUAACCGCGCUCUCCCCAUUCCCAAUUCUCUCUCCCAUUCUCCCUUCGUCCGCUCCUCGCAGUCUCUCCCCCCUUCUCCACGUCCCAUGCACCUUGCCCCACUUCCCUGUCUCUCACUUCUCCCUUGCGUUCUACGACUGUCUGGUCUACAGUUCUGCGCCACUGACGUUCUCUCCGUUCCCUUCGCUCCGUUGCAGCUCGGAUGACCCAGCCAAGUAGAACCCCCUGGAGCGUGUGUGACGGCUGUGAAGAGGAGAAUGAAGACAACUUCAUACCAUUUGUCACGCGCUCGAGGAUGGUGAGCCGCAGGGGGGAGGGGUCUGGAGCAUCCGGAGACCCCCACAGCCCCCCCACCCCAGUGGGCCAGACCCCCGGCGUGGACCUGGAGAGGCUGCUGCUUCCACCAGGGGGCCUGCGAUGGAUGGAGCUGUACAAGGAGGCAUCGCCCCGGCUGCAGAGUGGCCAUGCGGUGGAGCGUGCAGGGGAGCUGCGGGGGGGCCGUGGCUACAGUGCGGGGCGACUGCCCUCCCCAUGGGAGCUGUACGGCCGCAGGAAGGGCCACAGCCGCCGGCCACAACGCCGACCCGGUAUGGCCGUCACUGCCCACCUGGAGGAGCUGAAGAGGAGGCAAAGCUGCAUUGACCAGCUGAAGGCCCUGAAGUGGGGCAGCGUGCGGUCGAUGGGCUCGUCGUUAGAGCAGGAGGGGGAGCAGCAACGGAGUCGCUGUCCCAGCACCACACGGCUCACACACAGCCCCGAGAUGGAGGUCAACGUGCCGUGUUUCCAGCCCCGGUGGAGUUUCGGGGUUCAAGGUCCAGGCUCAUGGUUCCCAGCUGGUGAGCAGGAGGAGAAGGUUCAGCGCUGGGGGUGUGAGGCCGAGACAGUGACGUCUAGCACCAUCCUCUGGGCCGAGGAAUGAGGGAGCUGUCACCUCACGACACCGCGCCCACAUGACACCUUAUUGAUCGUAUAUUUAUUGAUCUGUUUAUUUAUUGAUUGUGUGUGUGUGUGUGUGUGUGUGUGUGUGUGUGUGUGUGUGUGUGUGUGUGUGUACGUGUGUGUGUGUACG